UUGAAUUAUGCACGAGAUGUGCAAUAGUGCAACGGUUAAUUGUGAUUCAUAAUAACAAUGUAUGUAUGAUGUGUGUUAAAGGCAUUUAGGUAGUCUGAUCUGAAGUGUAGAAGUGAUCUUAUAGUGGCUGGUGAGCUUGUGAGUGUGAUAGCAGACUAUAAAACAGCAAAGUGCUAAAUCAACGUCAUUCAGGACGCAAAUUUUCAUGUUUUUCGUUUAUUUUUAUAGCAAAAAAAUUAUUUUUGUAUAAUUAUUAUAAUAAAAUUCACGUGUUACUAUUAUAAACAGCAACAUUGAAAAGUUUAUGAUAACAUUAAGUGCCAUGAAUGAAGCUUCUUCAGCAUUCAAAUAUCAGGAAAAGUGAGACUAAUAUGAAAAAUAUAAUUUUUUAUUUAACUCAAUGAAUCUAAAUUGAGUAAAAUGCAAAACAGAAAACCAUCAAGAUUGUUAUUUCUGUCUCUAGUAAUAUUUUUCCUGUUUCUUUUUACUUCAACAAAUUCUUUAUCCUUAACACCAGUUGUCAUCACUGCAAACUAUAGUCAUCAAUAUGAAUUUUCAUUAAAUUCAACGGUCGAAUAUGUAUUUCUUUAUAGCAAUACUGGGAUUAACAAAAGUGAUGGAGCUAGAAUUAUAGUAGAAAGUGAUAAUGCAAUAUCAACUUAUCCAUUGAUUGUUGUGGUUCGUCAAAAGAAAGGAAUUUUAUCAUGGCAAAUACCAUUACAAGUAGAGGGUAGAAACACCAAUAAUCCAAUUUCUUACCAUAUAACCAGCAGAACAUUAUGUCCAAAUGAAUUUUAUAAGUCAAUCAAAUUUGACAAAGAACCUGAUCAAUAUGUCACAAUUAGUAUAUCUACAGCGAGUAUAAAAAAUAUUUCUUUCAAUCUUCAACUUUUUCCCCUUGCAGAAUUUUAUUUGAAAUCUGGAGAUGAAAAAAGUGUUAAUAUUACUCCUUCUCAGCCAGUAUAUUAUGGUUAUAAUUAUGAUGGCCUAGCUGAAAGUUCUUCCGUAUUAGUCAGUGUUGAAUCUGAUUCUGAAACCUGCAUGACUUUUUCAAUUCAAAAUACUUCCUGCCCAGUUUUUGACUUAGAAAGAAAUAUUCAAUUUGCUGGAUAUUGGGAAACUGUUAGCUACAGAGGAGGAAUUACAGUGCCAAAAGAACGCUACCCAAAUGGUUUUUUUAUAGUAUUUGUGGUUAAUGCUGAUGAUACAGAGUGUUCUCCUAAGUCUUCAAUAAAUGAACCUAAUCGUACUAAAUAUGUCAAAGUGAAAAUUGUUAAUAGUAUUACAAGGCAUAAUUUUAUUAUUGCAACCUUUUCAACUGUCGCAGUUUUUGUUUCAUUCUGUGUAAUUUAUAUCAUUGGUGCUGUAAGCUGCAGGGUUCAUCAUAAUAGAGCUUUAAGACGUCAAAAUUAUUUAGAAGAAGCAGAUAGAAUACAAGAGAGUGCUCGUAGCCCUGAAGCACAUACUUCCGGUUUUCAAGAAAUUGGUGAAGGUGCAAGCAUUGCAUUUGAAGAAGACUCUUCACUUGAUGAAGAUGAUAUUGAUCUCAUGGAGGAUGCACUUAGUGAUAAAGAAAUUAUACGCACAAAAAUGGUUCUGUCAGUUUGUGACUUGGCCAGAAAGGAACCAAGAAUAUUACGUAAAAAGUCUCGCCUCUACAUCCAUUACCUGAUAACAAUAGCUAUUUUUUAUACAGCUCCUGUUUUACAACUGGUUGUUACCUAUCAAAAUGUUUUGCAUGUAACUGGAAAUCAAGAUCUUUGUUACUACAAUUUUCUGUGUGCUCAUCCUCUAUAUUUUUUAUCUGAUUUCAAUCAUGUGUUUUCCAAUUUGGGAUAUAUUUUGUUGGGGUUGUUGUUCAUUUUCAUUGUUUCUAUGAGGGAAAGAUAUGAUGAAUCAUGUAUAAUUGACAGAGGAAAUGGAAUUCCACAACAUUAUGGACUUUAUUAUGCUAUGGGCUUUGCCCUAAUGAUGGAAGGUGUAUUAUCUGGAAGUUACCAUUUAUGUCCAAAUCAUAGUAAUUUUCAGUUUGACACCAGCUUCAUGUAUAUAAUAGCAGUUUUAUGUAUGGUAAAGAUAUAUCAAAAUCGUCAUCCUGAUAUAAAUGCUAAAGCACCUGUUACAUUUGGAGUUUUAGCUAUAACUAUUGUGUUAGCUCUUAUUGGUGUUCUGGAUGAUGGAGUUAUGUAUUAUUGGAUAUUUUUUACUGUUAUACACCUGUGUAUAUGCUUAUCAUUAAGUGCUCAAAUUUAUUACAUGGGAAGAUGGAAAUUCAAUAUGGGCGUUUUUCGCCGCAUGAUAAUGACAAUGAAACAUGAUGCACGAGCUGGGGUGAGAUACCUUGUUCGUCCAUUAUACUGGAGAAGACUGUUAUUGUUGGUCCUGGGAAAUCUUUGUAAUCUAGCUAUUGCAAUUUAUGGAAAUAAACAUUAUGACCAAGAUUUUGCAACUUAUCUACUUAUGAUACUCAUGUCAAAUCUUUUGCUUUAUACAUUUUUCUACAUUGUUAUGAAGCUUAUUAAUGGUGAACGAAUUCUUCUACAGCCAGGAAUGUAUAUACUUCUUGCAUCAGUUACAUGGGGUGGAGCUUUAUAUUUCUUUAUAAAUAAAUCGAUUACUUGGGCUAAAUCGCCGGCAAAAUCGAGAGUAUUUAAUAGACCAUGUCUCUUGUACAACUUUUAUGAUUAUCAUGAUAUUUGGCAUUUUUUAUCAGCUUUAGCAAUGUUUUUUUCAUUUAUGGUAUUAUUGACUCUAGAUGACGAUCUUGCUGAUUCCCAUCGAAGUCUAAUUCCAGUUUUUUAAGAGAUUUGGUUAUUACUAUAAUUUCUUUGUACUUUAAGUACAAUGUUUGCAGAUAAUUUUGCUUAUGUUUGAAAUACAUAAUGAAUUUAAGAAAAUUUAUUCAGAUUUUCAUAAAUUAAUAUUAGUUAACAGAAGAUUUCAA